AUGGAUUUGGAAGAGAUGCGAAUUUCCCGGAAGAAAGUGAUCAAUAUUGUUUUUGUCGGACAUGUUGAUGCAGGAAAAUCGACGAUAUGCGGGCAGAUCCUUGUGCAAAUGGGAUUAGUGGAUCCAAGAACGUUGGAAAAGUACAAGCAGAUGUCCAGAGAGCAGAAUAGGGAGAGUUGGUAUUUGAGCUGGUGCUUAGAUAUCAAUCCCGAAGAAAGAGAAAGGGGAAAGACAACCGAGGUUGGGACGGCAUCUUUUGAGUUACCCCAUAGAAGGAUAAACAUAUUGGAUGCACCUGGACAUAACCAGUUUGUAUUUGAGAUGAUAAAUGGUGCUAACCGUGCAGAUGUGGGAGUACUGGUGAUAUCGGCAAGGAUAAAUGAGUUUGAGGCAGGCUUCGAAAAAGGUGGGCAGACCAGAGAGCAUAUCUUUCUCCUAAAGGCUGGAAGUGUCCAAAGAUUGAUUGUAUUAGUUAAUAAGAUGGACGAUUCGAGUGUGGAGUGGAGCAAGAAGAGAUUUGAUGAAAUAAAGGAUAAGGUUGGAUCCUUUGUUAAAAGGAUGUUUCCAUCACCUGUAUUUAUUCCCGUCAGUGGGUUUACCGGAGAAUAUAUCAAGGAGAAAGGAACGUGUUCAUGGUACGAUGGAGACUCUUUUCUCUCUGAGUUGGACAAGAUAAGUAUUCCAAGAAGGUUUGAUGCACCACUAGCUAUUACUGUGACGGAGAAGGUGAAGGUUAUGGGAUCUAUGGUUCUAUUCGGAAAAAUUGAAUGUGGAAAAGUAGUACCUGGAAUGCCAGUAAAGAUUUUGCCGCAGAACACAAGAAAUGUCAUUUUGUCUAUAAUGGAUGAAGAGGAAGUUGAGAUUGAAGAAGGUGAGCCUGGGGAUGUGGUGAAAUUAAAGUUGAAGGAGGAGGCCGAUGAUGUGUUAGUUGGGAGCAAGAUACUUGAUACCGACAGCACGGACUACAAGUCUACUCAGGAAUUUACCUGUGGAUUAAAUAUACUUGAUAGUGAUACGAUCAUAAGCUCUGGUUACACAUGUAUCCUUCACGUAGGAAUUGUCACUGUCCAAUGCAAGAUAAAGGAGAUAAGGGACAUUAACAAUAAGAAAAUCAGAUUUUGCCGCCAUGGGAGUAGGGUCCUUGCCAAGAUUGUUACCCCGUCACCUAUCUGCGUUUUCUACGGUAGCAGAGAUGAGGAGGAGAGACAAAGGUUUGCAUUGAGGCUGGAAAGUAAAACCAUAGCAGUUGGUGUAAUAAGAGCCAUAAAAGAAUAA